AAUAUAAGCCUAAAUACAAUAUUUAAAUAGACAGAAUGGGAGAACUUCUGAGAUAUCGACAUUGUUCAUUCCCAUUUUAAAAUAUGUAUUCCAACAAAUUCAAAAUAAACGAAUUUACACCGAUUUUCUCCAAAAUAAGUCAGGAAAUCCCAGUAACGUUAGUUCUAUGACCCUGUCGGUAUUGCCGUUUUAACCUCCUUAAACUUGUAGGCUAACUUCCAUGUUACUGUUCUUAAUUUUAGCAAGUAUCUUUUCCAUUGGGUAGUAGUACCUAUUCUUGCCUUUUUAAAAGAUACCUAGUAAAAUGUUAAAUCAGCUUGCCAUACUAUCUCGCCUCAAAGCUAACGUUACUCAAUAAAAAUGUAAGAACGCUAACGUUACUACGACGAAGGCGAGUCAGCUAGCGAAUCAGGAAUCGCUCAAAUCCGAACAAGUUAGCAAAGCCCUGGCUGUAGUAGAGAAAAAAGGGCGACCGUCUGAAAAGAGGAGGAGUUUAAUCUUGUACGCUUCCGGUUCAUAGUAGUAGAGCGUGCGGUGUUUCUGCAUCAUCAGUUUGUACUGUGAAUCAUUGACUCGAGAUACGCUAAAGAGCAAGAGAGUGUAAUCUAGAUAAUGGCUGAAAAGAUUGAUCCCCCUGUCAUCCUGGGUCAUAAUUUAUGGGGAACCUUAACACAUCAUUGUGGGUCUGACCUGCAUCAUCAUGAUGUGGCUGAUGGGCCAGACAGAAUAUAUAUGGAUUACAACGCCACCACACCGGUCGAUCCAGAGGUGGUCAGGGUUAUUACUGAUGCUUUAACUGAUGCAUGGGGAAAUCCCAGCAGUAAUUACCUACCAGGUCUGAAAGCCAGAGACAUCAUUUACCAUUCCAGAGACACUAUUGCCAGGAUGGUUGGUGGAAAAGCAGCAGACAUUAUUUUUACUUCAGGAGGAACUGAGGCCAAUAAUCUGGUGUUUCACACAGCUGUGGAGCACUUCAGGAAGAGCAAGACUUCCGCACAGGGAGAUAUGAAUAGCGAGCAGCUAAAUGGAAGAGGCUCCCUGCCCCAUAUUAUCAUCUCUAAUGUAGAGCAUGACUCCAUCAAACUCACAGCUAAACACUUGUUUAAAGAGGGCAAAGCAGAUGUCACAUUUGUGCCCGUUUCCAAGGUGACGGCACGGGUGGAGGUCGAGGAUGUCAUUGCAGCGAUUCGUCCCACCACCUGCUUGGUGUCAAUCAUGCUGGCCAAUAAUGAGACAGGCAUUAUUAUGCCAAUUAAAGAGAUUUGUCAGAGGGUGAGGGAAGUAAACAAACAGAGGGCAGCAUUAACUCCCAGAAUCCUCCUGCACACCGAUGCAGCACAGGCUAUUGGAAAGAUACGAGUGGAUUCACAUGAGCUGGGAGUAGACUAUAUUACCAUUGUAGGACACAAGUUUUAUGGCCCUCGAAUUGGCGCUUUGUUUGUGAAUGAUCCUGGAACCACAAAUCCGGUUUACCCUCUGUUUUUUGGAGGAGGACAAGAGCGCAACUUCAGACCAGGAACUGAGAACACAGCAAUGAUAGCUGGUCUGGGAAAGGCUGCAGAAUUGGUCAGCUUAAAUCUAGCAGAGUAUGAAGCCCAUUUCCUGGACAUCCGAUGCUAUCUAGAGCAGAAGCUGCUUGCUGUCUUUGGAAGAGAUAAGAUUCAUUUUAACAGCCAUUUUCCUGGCUCAGACAUUUUGCCCAACACAUGCAAUGUAUCCAUUUUGGGAAGGGGACUUCAGGGGCGUAGAGUGCUGUCCACCUGUAGGAGGUUGUUGGCCAGUGUGGGUGCUGCCUGCCACUCAGACACAGGAGAUCAACCUUCCCAUAUUCUUCUAAGCUGUGGGAUUCCAUAUCAUGUGGCUACCAACUCUUUGAGGAUCAGUGUGGGUCGAAGUACCUCCCGUGAAGAUGUGGACAUUGUCGUGGAGGAUCUGAGAGACACUGUAGAGCAACUGGAGCGGAUGAACUAGCACAAUGGAUAUUUUACCUGCCUAUAUAUAUGGAUAUUGAACUCCAACCAAAAAGGACAAGCUUCAUUGAAUGGUUUUAGCUUACAGCUAUGUGGCUUUGCAUAUAAAUUAGAUGAUGUGUCAUCAGUAUAGAGUUUAGAUUUCAGGGUCAUUGUCAGAUUGCACUAUAUUAGGGGUGUCCCCGAAUAGUGAUGCUUCGAUUCGAGGAGCCUGAUUCGUCUCACAGUCGAAUAUUCGCGGGGUGAUAUGAUCAUGCCAUUUUGGCUAUAUGGGGGUGCUCAAUGUCUGAUUUCACAUCGAACUACCGGUUUUCUCCCAGUAAGUUAAUAUACAGCCUAUUAUGAUAAUGCUGUAAAUAAGAAUCUUAAAAGAAAGAAGCUUUAAAUAAAUAUUUUAACAUGCGUGAAUAAAUCCAACUUCCCCUAUAGAUUAAAGUUUCACUUUCUAAUCCAUCAAUGGCGGAGGAGCAUGGCGGCAGGGAUUUAAAUCUUUAACAAGACUCAAAUUGACACAGGCAGUGUGUAAGACUUCUUUUUUUUUUUUCUUUUUCGAUCAGGUAGGGUACAACAAGUGAUUUCAAAACGUUUCAGUCGGUUUAUUUAUAUCGUGUAUAUAUUAUUUAUCUCGUAUAAGAUGCAUUUGGUUGAGUUACGCUGCAAUAAAGCGCUUCAUUGUAGUACUACGGUGAUUAUCUCUUCAGCGCGCGGUGCGAGCAGAACAACAAUGCAGUCAGAAUAUUAAUAACUGUGACUGGCACUGUCAUAUACAUAGCAUUAUAAUGAGAACACUAUUAUAAUAAAACGCUGUGAUUUUUUUUUAGUGUUUAGUUGUGUUUCUGCAUGUUAUUGCGUGAAGAACGCAUCCACAAAAGGAGUUCAUUCAGAGCCGCGCAGACGCGUUCAUGUGCAAUCGGGCGUUUUGUGCAGAUAGCCUAUAAGUUGUAAUAUUAACGUUAUGUUAUAUAAAUAACGAAGCAUAUUCUAUGUGAGAUAAAUGAGUUAAAUCCCAUUGAUUAAAAACCUGCUAUCAUAUGCUUCAUUCUACUUCAGCGCGCGCAGCUCAAAACAGAAAUUCAACAUUAUAACUACGAUCAUAUACAUAACGUUAUAAUGAGAGCACUAUUGUAAAAAAAAAAAAAAUGUUGUGAAUUCUUAAGGGUUUUUAAUGUUAACUAUCUUUUAAUCAAAACAUAAAACAUUAUUUACCCCGUUUGUAUCUGCGAGGCGUCCCUUACACAUUAUCCUGGAGUAUUUAUGACUGUCGAACGUCUGACUUGACUCUUGGUAAUGUAUUUUGCCCCGCCCCCAAAUAUAUGAUUCGACUAUCAGUCGACUAUCGGCAUGAUUCGACUAUGAAAAUCCUUAGUCGGGGACACCCCUACACUAUAUUAAUCUAAGAGCGCUUUAUUUAGCAGAAUAUAAUAUUUAAUAUAAAUCUUAUUUGCUUUGCAAAUAGAUUAGAUAGUGUGUCAUGAGACGAGAGUUCAGGAUUCAGGGACAUUGUCAGGUUGCACUAUAUAUUGAUCUAAGAGCUUGUUGUUUAGCAGAACAUAAUGUUUAACAUAAAUAUUACUUGGUAAAGCAUAUUUCAUAUAUGGAACUUCAGGGAAUUUAGUUGAUAAAUAGUAAAAAAAAAAAAAAAGUUUGCAAAAAGUAAUUGAAUUGUUUAUUUCUGUCACUGGGAAACUAACCAACCACUGCACAAAAUGAGAGGAAUAUGAAAAUCGGCUCUCUGUAACAGAAACAAAAAUGCACUGCAAAAUAUUGUUAGCAGUAAAAUGACAUUAAAUAUCAAGAUGAUAUUGUUUGUAUGUAUUGCACACCCCUAUUUGUAUAUGACUGCUGACUUUGGUCAUUUUGAGUCAGAGUUCUUUUUAAAAGGGAUUUUUAGUUAUUUGGUUUUGAUAUUUAGCCGUUUGCCCCUCCUGAUUUUAUAUAAAAUACCCUAUGGUAUGUUGUGUUUUUAAAAAUGGUUUCUUAAUUGAACAAUGUGAAUUGUUCUAAUUAUGUUGUAGAUGUUCAUACCCUAUUUUUCAGGGAAACAACAGAGACCUGUUCAUUUUAUCUUGCCGGCUGUACUUAGUUACAUUGGGAUGUGAUGGAGCGUGCACGUUGAGAAUGAGACGGAGAUAUCUGUUACCAGUACAACAAAGCUGCACCAGUAUUAUUAAAUGAGCUAAAUGGACUCUCUUUAACAUCUAAGUGCUGAUCUGAUCUCCCCUGAUGCUGAAUCAUUAAAGUUCAUAUGCUCUGACCAAA